AAAGAUGACACAACUGAAUAAACCGCAAUGAAUCAUGUCCUUCCAAUCAAGAGGGGAUAUGUGGCUUAGCAGUUUUUAAUCUUUCGAAAGUGUGGAGCCUUAACCAAAAACGUCGCAACCCAUUCAAAAGGCAACCGCCGCAUAUAUAUAUCGACUCCUUUUGUGUUCUCUGAAUACUUAUACAUACAUUUGCUUCUUUUUAAGAUUUCUGUGUUUCUCCUCCAAAAAUACACUGAAGUCCAUUUGUAAUUUGUGCUUUUCAUGUGUAUUUUCGGCAACAUGGCUCGGAACUCGCUUAGUGCUCGCUUCGAACAAUCAGUCACUCUCGACGCUCUCCGAUCAUACAUUGCAGAGUUCCUCUCAACUUUCUUCUACGUGUUUGCUGUCUUGGGUUCUAUGAUGUCGUCGAGGAAGUUGAUGCCAGAUGCUGCAUCAGACCCUUCGAGUUUGGUGGUGGUCGCUGUAGCCAAUGCCUUCGCAUUGGCCUCAGCCGUGUUUAUUGCCGCCAAUAUCUCCGGCGGACACGUGAAUCCUGCGGUUACCUUCGGAAUGGCGGUUGGGGGACACAUUAGUGUCCCAACGGCUCUCUUCUACUGGAUUUCUCAGUUGCUGGCCUCUGUCAUUGCUUGUCUUGUCCUAAGAGUGACUAUUGUUGAGCAGCACGUUCCAACGUAUACAAUAGCAGAGGAAAUGACCGGGUUUGGAGCAUCCAUUUUGGAAGGUGUUCUAACAUUUGGAUUGGUGUACACUAUUUAUGCCGCUGGUGAUCCAAGACGUGGGCCUUUGGGUGCCAUGGGACCACUGGCAAUUGGGUUCAUUGCCGGAGCCAAUGUGCUUGCAACUGGGCCGUUCUCUGGUGGAUCCAUGAACCCGGCUUGUGCUUUCGCGUCCAGUGUGAUUGCUGGCAGUUUCAAGAACCAAGCGGUUUAUUGGGUCGGACCUUUGAUGGGUGCUGCCGUUGCUGGGCUUCUUUAUGACAAUGUGGUUUUCCCAACCCAAAGUGUAGAUCCUGUUAGGGGGGUUUCCGAGGGAGUUGGGGUUUAAUUGUAGAUGCUUAAAUUGUUGUGCAUUUGACUUGUGGUUUAUGGAUUUACUUUAUAUUCGGCUAAAAUUAGAUUGUUGUUGGAAAAACUUGGA